AUGAAGAUGUUAGCCAGAAGUCUUUACUGGUGGCCAGGAAUAGACAAGAAUAUUGAAGAUGUAGCGGCACAUUGUGUGGACUGUGCAACGGUGACAUCGAAACAACCAGAACAAAAGUUUACGACUUGGACUAAAUCAAAGAAAGCGUGGCAGAGGUUACACAUAGAUUUCUUUCAAAAAUUUGGGAAGUAUUUUUUGAUAGUGGUGGAUGCUUUAAGCAGAUGGGUGGAAGUUAAAAUUGUUUCGAGCACGAACACCAUCACCCCAUUGAGAGGAUUAUUUACAGUUUUCAGACCUCCAUUUAAUGGAGAGAAAUUUCGAAAAUUCUGUAUAAAAAAUAAAAUCAAACACAUAUUAACACCACCGUUACACCCACGUUCGAACGGAUGUGCAGAACGCCAAGUGGCAACUAUAAAGCAAAAUAUGGAGAAGAUCAUAAAAUGUAAAACUGACGAGGAAUUACAAUUCAGAAUCGACAAUAUUUUACUGAAACAUCAUGUGACACCUAAUAGUGUAACAGGCAAAACUCCAGCGAAGUAUUUAUUGAAAUACAUUCCACGAACUAAGUUAGAUUUUCUAAAACCGAGAGAAAAAAGAGAAAAUGUGAAGUUAGAUCACAUAAAACGACCAAAAAAGACAUUUUUUGAGGGAGAAGAAGUUCUAGUAUAUAAUAAAAGAAAUGGAAAGAAUAAGUGGAUUAAGGGAAAAGUACCAAAAGCGGUGAGUCGCUAUACAUAUCUUGUAAAUACGGAAGGAGAAAUCCGUUAUAUACACGGAGAAGAUUUAAAAACUUAUAAGAUUGAUCAACCGGAGAUCUUGCCAGAUUUAUUAAAUUCGACCAGAAAUGUAAUACCACAGACAAGUCAAACAGAUACACCUGAUUUGGAGUUAAGAGAAGAGUUGCACCCAUCAGAAGAUUCUGAUGCUCCUGAACCGGAAGCUUGUGCUGGUCCUAGUCCGGUGAUUACACCACAUACCCCAAAACCAUUUCCUCCUGCACCUCCUGUUAGAAAAUCUAUGCGAAUUAAACGACCCCCUAAUAGACAAAAUUUAUGA